AUGUCUGCGCGAAUUGACCAAUCCCUCGACUCUAUCAUUGAUGGUCAAAAGAAAGCAAAGCGAUCUGGACGUCGCAACCAGCCUAGAAAAGCGCCGGUCGGAGGUGUGAAGAAGGCAGUGAAGCCCAUGAAACCAGCAGUCAAGCCUGCUACUGGUCCUGCACACAAAGGUCCGAGGAACAGCAAGAUUCUCGUCAGCAGACUACCGCACGAUGUCAAUGAGACUCAGAUCAAGGAAUAUUUCGGCAAAUCUGUCGGACCUAUCAAGAAAGUCUCUGUGCACUACAACGAGCUUGGUGUUGAGGUGGUCUUCGAUGCUAGCAACGUUCCAGCUGCACCCAGCCUCGCUGAACGUGUUGCGUACGCCAACCCGAAGCCAGGGAAGUCAGAUCCACUGACAAAGACUAGUGCCAACUCAAAAGCACACCCAAAGGCGCAGCCAAAAUCAGUCACUGCCAAGAAGGUCGACAAUAAGAACAAGAAGGUCGUUGGCAAAGACAAGCCGGCCAAAAAGGCCAAGAACGCGCGACCAAAGCCAAAGACCGCUGAGGAACUCGACGCUGAGAUGACUGACUAUUGGAAUGGCUCGAACGCUGCGGCUGCCACAGAAGGUGCUGCUACUAGUGCUGCAGCUACUGCAGGGGAUGCUAUGGAGGAAAUUUCUGUAAGCUCGGAGAUAGAUGACUUGUUUGAGCCACGCUAA